AUGGGGGUUAUUUGCAGUGAAACACCAUCUACCAGCUGUGAACUGAACCAAUGUAUACAUGAACUAACAGCAGCUAUGGUGCCCUCUGUAUGUAGUGCUGACUGUGGUCCUGGAUUCAGAAAAUUCAGGCAGGAGGGAAUGUCUGUUUGCUGUUUUAUUUGUAUCCCCUGCCCAGAAAAUGAAAUUUCUAAUGACACAAACAUGGAACAGUGUGUGAAGUGUCCAGAGGACCAGUAUGCCAACACAGAGCAGAAUCACUGCAUCCACAAAGCUGUGGUAUUUCUGAGCUAUGAAGACCCCUUGGGGAUGGCUCUGGCCUUAAUGGCCUUGUGCUUCUCUGCCUUCACAGCUCUGGUUCUUGGGGUAUUUUUGAAGCACAAUGACACUGCCAUUGUGAAGGCCAAUAAUCGUGCUCUGAGUUACAUCUUACUCAUGUCACUCAUGUGCUGUUUCCUUUGCUCCUUGCUCUUCAUUGGUCAUCCCAACUCAGCCACUUGCAUUUUACAGCAAAUAACAUUUGGAAUUGUAUUCACUGUGGCUAUUUCUACUGUGUUGGCCAAAACAAUUACAGUGGUACUGGCUUUCAAAGUCACAGCUUGUGGAAGAAGGAUGAGGUACAUUCUGGUUUCAGGCACACUUAACUACAUCAUUCCCCUCUGUACACUCAUCCAAAUUGUUCUCUGUUCAAUCUGGCUUGCAGCUUCUCCUCCAGCAAUUGAUACUGAUGGAGAAUCUGAGCAUGGUCACAUCAUCAUUGUGUGCAACAAGGGUUCGGUAAUUGCAUUUUACUGUGUAAUUGGAUAUUUAGCCUGUUUGACCCUGGGAAGCUUCACUGUGGCUUUCUUGGCCAGGAACCUGCCUGACACAUUCAAUGAAGCCAAGUUCUUGACAUUCAGCAUGCUGAUGUUUUGCACUGUGUGGAUUACUCUCCUUCCUGUCUACCAUAGCACCAAGGGCAAGGUCAGGGUGGCCUUGGAGAUUUUUUCCAUCUUGGCUUCCAGUGUGGGGAUGCUGGGGUGCAUCUUUGUUCCCAAGUGCUACAUAAUUUUAUUAAGACCAGACAAAAAUUCACUUCAAAAGAUCAGGGAGAAAUCAUAUUUCUAA